CGCUCGCGGCAGAUUCGGGUUACAGUAUACUGCGUGCGCGCGCGCGUGUGCGCUCGUGUUCAUGAACGUCGGAUGGUGGCUGGAGGAGGAAAAGCGUGUUUACACAGACGGGCCGAGCGCCUGGGGAAUAGCGCACGGCGAGAGGAAGUGAGCCGGCUCGCUGUCUGCCUGCACCAACUUCCUGCUCAGAGAGAGAGAGAGAGAGAGAGCGAAGAGAGAGAGAAAACAGUCGGGAUCCCAUUACAGUCCGACUGAGAGCUGCCGAGACGGCCGACAGCAUGGAAAAACAGCGCAUUAUACGGAAUUCUUUUUAAUAAAGCGAAAAGGGAGCCCAAAAAAGCCUGACCGUUACGCAGAGAUAUGGAGAGUGCUAUCACGCUGUGGCAGUUUCUGCUGCAGCUACUCCUGGACCAGAGCCAUAAGCACCUGAUUUGCUGGACGUCCAACGACGGCGAGUUCAAGCUGCUCAAAUCGGAAGAAGUCGCCAAACUCUGGGGCCUCCGCAAGAACAAGACCAACAUGAACUACGACAAACUUAGCCGAGCACUACGCUACUACUAUGACAAGAACAUCAUCAAGAAGGUGAUUGGCCAGAAGUUUGUGUACAAGUUUGUCUCGUUCCCUGAUAUACUGAAGAUGGAUCCCCAAGUGGUGGAGCUCGGGGGUCGGGAAGGGGGUCACAUUGCAGGGGGUGUCAUGUUGCAGGAGGUGGAGUCGGAUUGCGGCGAGGGGGAGGAGUCUCCAAAGCUGUCGCUGUCGUCGCUGAGAAGCCCCGCCUGCAGGAACGAGUAUCGCCACUCCGGUCUGUACUCGUCCUUCACAGUCAGCUCCCUCCAGAGCCCGCCUCCUCUGCUGCGUCCAAUCAAAGUCGAGAAGCAGCGAGGGGGCGAACGAGGGGAGGAGGGACAAACGGUGAUUCGCUUUGUCACUAAUCGAUCAGAAAAGGUCGUUCCCCUGGCUUCCUCGCCGCCACCUGCCUCCGCGGAGGUCUUCUUCGCUUCAAAAACCUCCCCUUGUUCGUCCCGUAGCCCCUCCCCUUCUCACAGCCCCGUCUACACGCUGCGGCCGGAGCGCAGCCCGGAGGCUCGCAUAGACGAAUCAGAGCAGAGCGUUCAGCCUCUAAAUUUAUCAUCCAGCCACAGGGAACGAGCCCAGAAUCGGGCCACACCCCCCGAGAGGAGGGCCGGUAGCAACGGACUGCCUCCCAAAGCUCGGAAACCCAAAGGGCUGGAAAUCUCCGCCCCUUCCAUACUGCUUUCAGGAAGUGACUUGGGCUCCAUCGCCCUCAACAGCCCAGCACUGCCCUCAGGGUCACUCACACCAGCCUUUUUCACUGCACAGACUCCCUCUGGCUUGCUGUUGACGCCCAGUCCUCUCCUGUCCUCCAUUCAUUUCUGGAGCAGCCUGAGUCCCGUGGCCCCUCUCAGCCCCGCCAGGCUACAGGGCCACGGGUCACUCUUUCAGUUCCCGACCCUGCUGAACGGCCCGCUCCCGGUACCCCUCCCCAACCUGGACUCAUCUUCAUCCUCCUCCUCCUCCUCCUCUCUCCUCCUCUCCUCCGGCGCCCAGAAAUCCUGAUUUCUGGACACUCCACACAUCACCCCACCCACACCCCCACCUCUCCAGAGUCGUACCUUUGCUCUCACACUAAGAAGGAAUUAAGGACCUUCCUGCCGUUUUUGAGCCAGACUGCACUUCGCCCCCUCGCGGCCACCCUUCGGUUCUGCCGGACUUCGCUUUCUUCUGUAACUCAGGCUGCAGUCCAAACAGCUCACCAAAAAAAAAAAAAAAACAAACAAA